AUGUUAUCGCAAGUUGGCUCCGCAGCGUUAGGCGGCUCCACUGUUUGUGAUGAUGACUGGCCGUGUGCUCUGCGUCCUGUUGGCUCCUGCAGUGAUGCGCAGCUGCUCGUGCGUGUGAGUGACGGCUGCUGCGACGGGGUGCGUGUGCGGCCCGCUGGUGAUGGUGCGGUGACUGCUGGGCACGCGGAAGCUGUGAUGGCUGCGGAAGGUGGACCCGUGGCCGGUGGCUCUGGACGAAAGGGGAAUGUGAACUCUGAGGACAAUAGCAAUCAGGAAGACGAGGAGGGUGGAGGAAGCACCGCGGGUGAGGGCCACAAUCCCACCUCGGGAGGACCACUCACUGCUCCGACGGGGCAGGACCAAUCCAGCAGCGACCCACUGCGAAGCAACACUUGCAAUCCGUCCGGCACUGACAGCGCGUCUGCUGCUUGGAUGCGUGCAAGUGGACCGGAGUCUUUGGGCGGAGGGCACGCUGCAGGCACAGCAUCCCCAUGCUCCGACGCAUCUCAGCAGGCAGCAGGUGGAGUGCAUGCUGGUGGCGGGAGGACCUCCCAGGACAGUCAGGCUUCGGAACAAACCGUCACGGGACAGUCACAGGUGCCAGGGACGGCGAAGGAAGCACCGCAGGGCGAUGAAGGAGGAGAACCCGGAGCACAACACGAAGCCGAUCAAACCACAAAAAUGACUGUGAUGAAUUGUUGCGCAAAAACAGCGGUGGAACAGGAGAGCCACCAGCGGGAUCGCAAGAUGCACCACGUCUCUAUAGUGGCGAGAAUGCUCAUUAUUAUUAUUUUUCCCUGCUCUUACCGACAUGUCUAG